UCUGAUCAUGGAGUUGGAAGGAAAUGGUGCUGAAAUAAAUCCUCGUAAUGAUGCACCCGCUAGAAUAUUGAAUUAUUACGAGGAGGAGCUAGAAAAUGUCAUCAGGCGACACAUUCCCAAUAAUGAAGACGAUGAUGAUAAUGAUGAUGAUUCAAUUCCUGUGAAAAAAAAAAUCUUAUUAACAAUUUGGAUUUUAGCUACUCCAGAUAGUUUUCGAUCAGUUGCAGAUAGAUUUGGACUACCUAAGUCUACUGCUCACUUGAUAUUUACAGAAAUUGUUGAUGUAUUGUCUUAUCUUCUACCUCAGUUCAUCCGUUGGCCCGAUGCAAAUGAAUGCGAAGUUAUUGAAGCUGGAUUUCUUUCAAAGCCACAAGGGUUUCCCGGAAUUAUUGGAGCUAUCGACGGAUCUCAUAUUGAAAUUUUGCAGCCUCCAGGCAAUGCAAACGAUUAUUAUAAUCGAAAAGAGAAACAUUCUAUAAUAUUACAAGGUACAUGUGAUCAUAAUGGGAAAUUUAUAGACGUACUAAUUGGAAGACCUGGUAGAGCACACGAUGCAUCUGUUUUUAGAUCUUCAACUUUAUUUACCCGACUAGCAGAUGCUGAGAAUCCACUAUUACGGCCUAACCAACAUAUACUUGGUGAUUCUGCAUAUCCGUUAAUGGUGAACCUUCUAACGCCUUUUAAAGACAAUGGUCACCUCACCAGACAUCAAGUCAAUUACAAUGUAAAACAUGCAUCAUCGCGAUCAAUAAUUGAGCGCGCGUUUGGUUUACUAAAAGGAAAAUUUCGUAGAUUACAAUAUUUAAACGUCAAAUCUGUUGAUAUGGCCAUUAAAAUAGUUUCCGCAGCAUGUACUUUGCACAAUUUUAUUCUAAUUCAGGGUGACGUAAAUAUUAGGAAUAAUUUUCCUGGCGAAAAUAUUAAUAAUAACGACAAUAAUAAUGAUGAUAAUGGUAAUAACAAUAAUGGAAUGGACGUAGAUAUGAAUGAAGAAGCGGAAAAUGAAAAUGCCGAUGCAAAAGUAAAGCGAAAUAACAUCAUGAAUUCUAUGUAA